AUGCUAUGCUGUUCGUUUCGUUUCCUCCCAGGCGAAGCACAAGCAGGAGCACUUGUGCUCCCAGAGGGAGCCUCCCAGGAGAUGGAGACGCUGGAUACUAAUGCCUCGAAGGACCAGACUGUCUGUGAGUUCUCAGAGGACUACAAGCAAAUCUACCUCUCCCUGACCUACAGUAUCAUCCUCGCGCUAGGGCUGCCCCUGAAUGGCACGGUCCUGUGGCUCUCCUGGCGCCAAAGCAAGCGCUGGAGCUGUGCCACCAUCUAUCUGGUGAACCUGAUGGUAGCUGACCUGCUUUACGUGCUGACGCUGCCCUUCCUCAUCACCACCUACUCCCUGGGUGACAGGUGGCCCUUCGGGGAGCUGCUGUGCAGGCUGGUGCGCUUCCUGUUCUACGCCAACCUCUACGGCAGCAUCCUGCUGCUGACCUGCAUCUCCGUGCACCGCUUCCUGGGCGUGUGCCACCCGCUGCGCUCACUGCCCUACCGCAGCCGCCGGCACGCCCUCCUGGGCACUGCCACCACCUGGGCCCUGGUGGUCCUCCAGCUGCUGCCCACCCUGUUCUUCUCCCACACAGACUAUGUCGACGGCCAGGUAAUCUGCUACGACAUGACUGGCCCAGAGAAUUUUGAUCAGUUUUUUGCCUAUGGCAUGGUUCUGACGCUGUCUGGCUUUCUUUCCCUCCUCGGUCAUGUGCUACUCGCUGAUGGUGAGGAGCCUGACCAAGCCGGGAGAGACCCUCAUGAGGACAGGCCAUGCAGCCCGGGCCAAGUCCAUCCGGACCAUCUUGUUGGUGUGUGGCCUCUUCACCCUCUGCUUUGUGCCCUUCCACAUCACACCCUCCUUCUACCGCACGCUCCGCUUCCUAUCGUCACGAGACUGCCAGCUCUUACUGGUGGCCAGCGUGGCUCUGGUGAGCCUGAGCAGCUGCCUCAACCCAAUCCUGUACUCCUCUCGGUGGGGAACAACACAGUCAGGCUCUUCCAGGAACUCAGGCAUAAUAAGGUGGGUGAGCACCCAGCUGGACCAAGGGAGAGAGACCCAGGGGUGGGCAGAUCUGGGUACUGA